GUCGCGCUAAGCUUCUUAUACACUUGGAUAUUUGGGGAACUGGGUUACAAGGAUAGGCGCGCCCUUGGACGGCAGGAAAAGCUCGCGCAUUCGAUCGAAAACGCGAAGCUGAGACUGGACGUUGAGCAUGCAAUCCGCAGAUGUCGCACCGUCGCAAAGCUGAGAUACCGAGAGGGCUUGAAUGGGCGCAUCGUCAGGCAUCGCCUUCUCGACGUGCUAUACAACUCGCCAGACUCCUUGAAGUUCUUGAAAAUGCUGAAACAGAUCUCAAGAAGCUCACCAGAAUGUCGCCUUCGGAGCGACAAAAGUACUUCGACGACGGGAGUGGGUUUUAUCGUCACGAGUCCUACCUCAACAACGUUAUGUUCUGCAAGGGAACAAUAAGUGACAUCCAAAGAGAAGAGAAAGUCGCUUCUGAAUAACGAGCAAAAUGCAGGGCAACAAGAUCAUGUCAAUACGGGGAUACAGUGCAUCCCCAGUAAUCGUCACAUGCAUGUUAUUGUUUCUUCCCUCUGCAAUCGCUUGUAUACAUCUACUCAAC